AUGGCCCGCGGCUUCAUCCCCGUCCUCCUCGCCGCAUCCCUGCAGGCCGCAGGCGUCGCCGCAACCCCACCAAACAUCCCCUCGCUUGCCGUCGCGCAGACGCAACUCGAGGCCCUCACCGUCGCCGCCGCAGGCUCGGGGUCAGGCUAUGAUCGCGAUCUGUUCCCGCACUGGAUCAGCCAGGGAGACUCCUGCGACACGCGCGACCUCGUCCUCGUCCGGGACGGGACGGGCGUUUCAACGGGCUCCGGCUGCUCGAUUUCCGGCGGCUCGUGGUACUCGCCGUAUGAUGGGGAAACGUGGACGCAGUCGAGCGAUGUCGAUAUCGACCAUGUUGUGCCGUUGGCGAAUGCUUGGAGGUCCGGCGCCUCCGAAUGGACAACCGCCGAGCGCGAAGCCUUCGCCAACGACCUCGAUAACCCGCAGCUCAUCGCGGUGACAGACAAUGUCAACCAGGAGAAAGGCGACUCGGGGCCUGAGGAGUGGAUUCCGCCGUUGGCCUCUUAUUCGUGCCCGUACGGGAAGAUGUGGAUAUUUAUCAAGUAUACCUACGGUUUGACCAUUACGCAAGCGGAGAAGAGUGCGCUGGAGGGGUUGUUGGACGCUUGCUAG